UAAUCCCAGUUCUGCCACUUACCUGCUGUAGGAAUUUAGGACCCAAGGAAGCGGGCCGGGGAGAGGACCAGAUCAAACAGGCGUUGGCAGGCCAAGACCGGAUCCUCAGGGAGAGAAGCUGGACCUCCUGAGGCCUUUACCCUGGCUACAGAGCUGUCCUCUGCUCGGACCAGAUGGUUCCCAACUGGAAACUCCCCCGCUCCUUCAACAUAGACCAGAUGCCCAAGGUGUUCCAUGAACAAGGCAUUAUCUUUGGCUACCGACCCCCACAGAGUUCGGCUACCGACUGCCUCCUCAGCGUUUUCCAGUUGACCAAUGAAACGCUAAACAUCUGGACUCACUUCCUGCCCGCCUGGUACUUCCUGUGGAAGCUGCUGUCUACCUGGUGUCGGCUGGACUUUUGGAAUGACCCCUACUCCUGGCCCCUGCUGGUCUACAUGGUGACCAGCUGCGUGUACCCCUUUGCCUCCAGCUGCGCUCACACCUUCAGCUCCAUGUCCCUCAGGGCCCGGCACAUCUGCUACUUCUUUGACUAUGGCGCCGUCAAUCUGUUCGGCUUGGGUUCCGCCGUCGCCUACAGUGCCUACGCCUUCCCGGACUCCUGGGUCCGGUCCGCCUUCCACCGCUGCUACGUCCCUCUGGCCCUGUUCAACUCCGUGGUCAGCGUUGGCCUCGCCUGCUACUCCAGGUUUCUUGAGGUGGAGCGGCCUCGGCUCAGUAAGGCUCUCCGCACUUUGGCCUUCGCCUACCCCUACACGUGGGACAGUCUCCCCGUCUUCUACAGGCUGCUGGUGUCAUCCGGAGAGAGCGCCAGGGACGCGGCCAAUGACUUCCACCUGAAGCACACGGCAGUGGCUUUCCUCACCUGCUUCCUUUAUGCCUCCCAUCUGCCUGAGAGACUCGCCCCUGGCCGUUUUGACUACAUCGGGCAUAGCCACCAGUUGUUUCAUGUAUGUGGUAUCGUCGGGACACACAUCCAGAUGGAGGCCUUAUUCCUGGACAUGACGCUGAGGAAAGAGUGGCUGUUGGCCAGCUCCAUCCCUCCCUCCUUCGCCCACACCGUAGGCGCCCUGGGGCUCUGCUUCCUCCUUGGCGUCAUUAACAUCGGUUUCUUCUCAAGAAAGGUUCUCUACCGACCUCCUAAAUCCCAGGGGAAAGAACUGAAAGCCAAGCAGUGAGCUUCCGGACACACACGACGGCUUGGUCGCUUGGUCGAUGAGUCAGUUGAUCAGUGGUCUCUAUUGAGUGCUUGCUAUGUGCAGAGCACUGGAUGAAGCACUCAGGAGAGGACGAUAAAACAGAGUCAGUAGAGUUGAUGAUGCCUUAAUCUGACGUACUGCCUUGAAAAUAAGGAGUUGUUCUCAAAUUUUUGGCUUCAAACGAGAAAAAAUAAUCAUCCAAGCAGAACCCACCUACAUUUUAAAAUCAUUUUCUACAUACGAUCUGGUGGUUUUGAGAAGCGACAGAAUGAUUCUUUUAGUGACCUAGCCGAUUCUGUCGCAUCAUCCCAAUUAGAGUAGUAGAGAAGUAAUAAUAAUAAUGGUAUU